AAUGGUAUUUUCAGAGCAAAAAAAAACACAAAAUUUAUUAUAUAAAAAUUGCCAAGCUAUAAUUGUAGCGAGGAUUUUGCCCACUUUCUAAUUGGGCAAGUGGUUGAUUACAAUAUACUACAUAAAUAUUUAUUUACUAAAUUUAUGUGGUGCCUUGUUUAGAAUUUUACUGUAAAAUUUUUACAUGAUGUUUCAUCCUAAGUUAGGAUUCUUAACUGAUUUGUUCCCUAGGAUAAUAGUGAAAGGAUAUCCAAGUUUUGCAAAUUGUAAUGAAACCCUACAUUUGACAACCAAUUCCCAAUUAUGUUGAAAAAGCGGUGUAAAUUAUCCCCUCCUACCUCACAACCGGAGAUACUUUUACCAGGAGAAAUAAAGAUUGAAGUCCCUGGAAACGAACUCGCUAUCAGAAGAAAUGAAUUUACAGAAAUUUCAGUCCCCUCUUGUCCCACUUGCGGGGAGGUGUUCCCAUCCGGGGGGUCAGAUUUAGAGAUACACUCUUGCCCGGAAGUCACCCAAGAUGUGUCUCCCUCUCACCUUUGCGGAAGGAUAAUCCCCACGAAUCGUGGCAAAGGUGCUGAUUACAAAGAUUUCCAGAAACUCAGUGAUAUCAAUUCGCGACAUGACGACAAAUUCGGUGACCAUGUCGCAGGAAUACAGAAUGCGCAAACAGCGACUACAAAUAUCCCUAAGAUUAUUUACGGUGGACCGAUUCCAUCCUCUCUUCCUUACAACAGUUCCGGCGACGGUGUUAACCCCACAAAUUGGACUUGUAAGGAGGAAGAGGGUGACACAGAGUUGUCAAACCACCCAAUACUAGAAGGCCACGUCGGCCAUACUCAGUCAACAGAUAUUGCAACAUCAUCGCCCCACAUUGCAGAAUCUUCUUCACGAUUCAGAGAGGCAGACGAGUCCCCACUAUUUGACGGAAUUUGUGUCAUAAAAAAAGAAAACUUUCCCGACUCCACACUCUUCCAAGCCGACGAACAUGAGUUGGCCGAACUGGAGGAGGACGAGAAUAUUGAAAUCAAACACGAAAUAAUAGUUGACAACUUGAAAUCUGUCCCUGACCUCUUGCCCCCUGCUGUUCGGUUGGAUGCCAAAACUCCAAAAGGAAGUUCCGAAUUUGGGUGCCUCAUUUGUGAAAAAAUAUUCCGAAAGAAAGGACACCUGAAGCGACACGUUUUAACACACCAACCAGAAAAAACCAUUUGGCUGUAACUUCUGUGCAAAACGAUUCGCUGCCAAAUGCAGCUUACAAAUUCACCUCGUAAACUUUCACAAACUU